AUGGUAAGCGUCUCCUCCGACCUUCUCUGGGAACUCUUAAGAAACAACAACAAAUAUCUUAUUCGUCGCCAAAACACUGAUUUCUCAACUGACCCUUAUAAUCUUGUCAACAUCCACAGCCAGAAAUUCGCAGGGAUCGCAAGCACAAGCGCAAUUGGCGUAGCAACCAGAAAGAAAGGUGAACCAGUUACUCUUAAAGCUAAAAAGCUCAGAAAAUAUGGACUUAAAGGCAAAACCCACCACGAAGAAAAAAUCACAGUUAAGAAAGCAGGAUAUUCUGGAAAGGCAAAAUCCACAAUAGUCUCUUUAGUUGAAAACAGAAACCCAAGUCUCGCCAAAGCUGCUUCUGAAAGAAUGCAAAAGCUUCACAGAAGUGAGCAGCCAAAGAAAACAAUUACACGUAGAAACAGAAAAGCUUAA